GAAGUGGCCGGUUUUUGUAUGCCCGAUCUUGGGGGCCGACACGCUCCAUCUCUCGGUAGAAGCCGCUCGGGCCAGAACCUCCUUCGUGGCGGACGGACUCCCUGGAGAUGUUUUCGUUGCUACCCCAGGCUGCCGUAUCUCCUCUUGCAAACCGCCCGCCCCACCGCUUGUUCUUGGCUCCGAGGAGCCCGCGGCGUCGCUCUUCCGUUGUCGUCGGUGCCCUCAUGAGCGAGUCGCCGCAAAAACCGGCCGAUGUCUCGACUCCGAACCUUUGUUUUCCCAUACUGGUGAAUGGAUGCACUGGAAAAAUGGGGAAAGCAGUUGCUGAAACAGCACUUUCUGCUGGCCUUCAGUUAGUUCCUGUGUCAUUCAGUAGUUUAGAAAAGCCUGGUAGAACUUUAAAAGUAGGCAAUACAGAGAUUCAGAUACAUGGUCCAUCUGAAAGAGAAAGUGUUCUUUCUUCUGUCUCCCAUGAGUUCCCCAAUGUUGUCGUGGUGGAUUAUACAGUUCCUGAUGCUGUGAAUGGUAAUGCUGAACUUUACUGCAAACUUGGUUUGCCGUUUGUAAUGGGGACAACCGGUGGGGAUAGGCACAUGUUGUAUAAGACUGUCCAGGAUGCAAAUGUCUAUGCAGUAAUCUCUCCACAAAUGGGGAAACAGGUUGUAGCAUUUAUUGCAGCGAUGGAGAUCAUGGCUGAUCAGUUUCCUGGAGCAUUUUCAGGCUAUAAAUUGGAGGUGAUGGAGUCGCAUCAAGCAAGCAAACUGGAUACUUCUGGCACAGCAAAAGCUGUCAUUUCAUGCUUUCAGAAGCUUGGUGUCUCAUUUGAUAUGAAACAGAUUAAGCAGAUCAGAGACCCUAAGAAGCAACUUGAGAUGGUGGGUGUCCCAGAAGAGCACCUCUCUGGUCAUGCAUUUCAUUUGUACCAUCUCACAUCACCUGAUGAGACGGUUUCUUUUGAGUUCCAGCAUAAUGUCUGUGGCCGCUCAAUCUAUGCCGAGGGAAGUGUUGAUGCUGCUGUUUUCCUUUUCAAGAAGGUCCGGUCCAAGGCUGAACAGAGAAUAUAUGACAUGAUUGAUGUUCUGCGAGAGGGAAACAUGCGGUGAUCUGCUUUGUUCAUUAGUCAUUUUAUCCACUCCAGAGGUUGGAUUUGACCUGUUUUAGAUGAGGAAAUUUUAUUUCUUACAGCCUGUGGUCAUCCAAAUUUUGGUGAAAUUUGUUGAGAGUAUGGUUAUAUACCUUGAUUUACUACUGCCAAUUUUGCUUCGGCUUUUGGCACGUCCAGAUUCUAGUAAACUCGAGCAAUAAGUGUAUUGAAAUCCCGUUGCUGGGCAUCCAACGCCCAUGCCACCAUCUCUUUCUUCCCAUGAGUUUACAAGAUAUUAAUACUUGUU